UUCGUCCAAAGCAACGCUUGUGGGACCGUGUUCUUGGAACGUGGCAGAAGAGGGAUCGUAAAAUCUCGCCAAAUCCAGCUAGGAGACAUCGUCGCAAUGUACUGGUACUAUGACUCAACGGGCGACUCAUCCCUGCUCAUCUCGUACUUCUUUGGAGAUGUGGCUCCCCAAAACGGGAUCCCAGAGGGGCGUCUAUGAUAUCGACAAUGAGUUCAAUCUCAUCAUUAAGAACGUCACGGCCUCCAAUGAGGGAACCUACUAUUUUGCGGUGAAACGGCAUUCGAUAAAAGUAAAAUGGGGACGGAUUGAAGUUUGUGACAAGGUCUCUCCAAAUCGACUAUAUCCUACCGUCAUCGGCUGCAAUCAAGACCACGAUGUAGACACGUGCGAAGUGAGAGUACGUCAUGACAGCACGGUGCACAACCUGACCUGCGUCAUGGAGCAGGUCAAACCUGCCGUGCAAUUGAAAUGGAUCCGUCUGUUUAUGGGCGGGAAGACGGAACUCACCAACGUCUCUACAACAGUCAGGCCCGUAGUUCUACCGGCCUACACGGGUUCGUUGUUGAGGAACAAAACCUUUUCAACUUCAGCAUCAGUCCAAGUGGUAGAAGCUGGCGACGAGGAAGUCUACGAGUGUGAGGCAAUAGGUAUUGCUGUAGGAGGCAGUACACGCACGAGGGUACGCCUUAGCGAAACUCACCCCACAACGGCAACUUAUGAUGAAGUUCAGUCCUCAAAAAAAUCAGGAGCAGCACCUGUAACUGCUGACGAUGUAUCACCAACUGCCAUUGCCAACAAACCUGCUGAGAAAUUUGUCCCUCUGAUAGUGCUAUCGGUCUUGCUUUCAAUCUUACUGACGUUUUAGUCGGUGGUCUUAUGGUCGAAAAUGACGAGAGUGUACCCGAAAUUGCAUUUGGUAAUAUGCAAUUUCGGGGCCGGGAGCCCAUAUGCAUUUCAGGCAUACAUUCUUUGAAACUCUCAGGAUCACCUAUGGACACCUCAACAAGUCCAAUUUCUUGGACCGCCCCUGGGGUUGUCAUUUUGAAUGUACAAAUGGCAGCCAAUUUCCAAACUUAAGCCGCGUUCGCAUUGGACCUUUUUUAUGAAGACUGAAAACAAGUUUGCUCAAGAUUUAUAAAAUCAAUCAAUCAAUCAAUCAAUUCGACAUUUAUUUUCACAUUGACAUCCUCGGUAACAAUUCAGACAGAAAACAGUAUAUAUAUGUACAUUUGUAUAAACAAAACAUUCUUCACAGACAGUAUGUAAUUAAGUGUAAAUAUUAAAGGAUGUCAACAUAAAGGAAAAAGGUGAAGCACUGCUUUUGUACCUUUCCCUGGGACAGGACAAAACUUAAACAACUAACUACACAUGGACUAAGACAGGACAAUAGGUUUAAGAGUGAGACCCGGUACAAUAUGUAAAAUAAUGACUAAGCAAAGCAGAGAAAAAAAAAUGUUUUUUAAGUAAAAGUUUAAGUAUUGAUGAUCGAUUUUUUGCAAUUUUUUAGCAAAUGAAACCACAGUAGUACACUCUUUUAAACCAAUCAUUAGUCACGUGCCUCCCCUAUUGUUUUUAAAUAUUAAAUUUCUUUGAGGCCUAUAGAUUAAAAAAGAAGGGAGGACAUUUGUCAUUGUUAAAAAACACCAAAAUUCUGAUGAUGAGGGUUUCUUACACCCAAAUGAUUUAUGGACUAGCCCAAAAAAAUCUAACCCCAUUUCCCGCUCUAAAAUUCCACCUGCGGAUUUUCUAGUACUGGUACACAACAAAAUAAAUUUGGUUUUAUGGUAUCAAACGUUCAUUUUUCUGCUGUUGGAAAUUUGGAAAUUUAGUUUGGUAGUAAUAGAAAAAUGAAAAUUCAGAAAGAGGACUCCAUUCCAACCAUUCUGUUUUUGUUCUAGCAGAUUUUGAGAAAAUGGGUUGUCCACUUUUGGUCCUCCAUAAUGGGUGAAUGUCAGUGCUGGGGAUGGCCUGGCGACAUGUACAAAGUGUGCGUUAACCUGUGAGUGUGAGUUCAACCUGUGAAAAACAACACAAUUGAAUCGUGUGCGUUGUUUGUAUGAACAGUUUGAAAUUGCGCCCACCGAACAGGCGCAUUUUUCGACGGGCCCUGCUCUAGUCCUUGAAGGGGUGUC